AUGGCAAAGCUAGGAUCGAAAACUAUCGAAGCAUUCGAAACUAUUAAACGCAUUCAAAACAUUUGUGAUGUUCAUAUUAAGUUAGCAGAUGGCACCACCUUUGGAGCACACUACACUGUUUUGAUGCUAGGGAGUGAAUGGUUUAGGACUCGGCUUAAUCAGAAUUGGGACCAUAGUGGUUCCAAUAGUCCUAUAAUGUGUACUGAUUUUGCACCAAUGCAAACAAGAUCGAUAAUCGAAUUUUCAUAUAGAAAUGAUAUAGAAUUGUCUAUUGAAAAUGUACAGGAAGUUUUGCAAGCUUCAGAUUUUUACAUAAUAACAGAUGAGACAUUAUUUUCAAAUGUUGAGACAUUUUGCUCCUUACAUGUUGGUGUUAUUUCAAUGAUGAUAACAAGGGAUACCUUUUGUAUUCACGAGGAGAAGCUUUUUGAUAUUCUAUCAAAUUGGCUGACCUCAGAGAACAGGGAUGUUCGAGCCACUUGGUACAUUUUAGUACCUUAUAUUAGAUUCGGUAGGAUGUCUGCAGAGUUUUUGAUUGAAAAAGUUGUAUACAAAGAUGUAAUCGAUAAUGAUUACGCGAUGAAAAUUAUGUCUUAUUUGACUUCUUUGCAAGUUCAAAGAAAUACAUUUCCAGAUCAUGCUCGUUCUCCUCAGAAAUGCAUUUCUUUGAAGGAUGUAGAGUUAGUGAGGUUUUUUGAACAAAGUCCAGAUACCUGGACAUGCGACUCCUUAAACGGCGAUCGUAUUUCUUUUUUCUGUCAAUGUAGACAUUGA